GCGAGAAUCAAAAUUUUUAAAAAAUACGGGAGAUAAUUCAGCGAUUCAAAAAUCAACCUUAAUCAAAGCAUAUAUACUGAAAUUAUACAUGUGGAAAGUAUUCCACAAUACGCUAUUUUGAUCUUCUCCAAAAAAAACGAAACCUAAUUUUUUUCCUGUUGUUCAUCGGAGAUUAGUCAGAGUUCGUCACUUUAAUCGUACCGGACAAUUUCUCCCACGUAACACAAAAAUCACGACCGACUAUGCGAGCCACCGUGCAAGAUUUAUUCUUCCCAAUUGUACCAGACCAUUUCUCCCAGACAGGAAACACAUAAGAGACGAUGGAAAAGGAAACAUUUGCUGGAAGAGGAUUAUGAGAACUGAGACGUCUGUCAAGGAUUCUUGAGACCUUCCCCUGAAGUUUACAGCUUUUUAAAUCAACAUCAAAGUACUGGAAUGAAGAUGAGGAGAUCUUUUGUUAAAUCUUUUGGGCCAAUUCGAUCUGCUUUUCUACAUCACGGAGAGAAAAUAUCAACCGGGGUUGCAAAAAGAUCAUAUGUAAAUAAUGGGAAUUUCAAUACAUCAUCUUACAAUAUGUGUAAAUGUGGACUACCUUCUUAUAUGUUUUCAAGAAUCAGUUCUUCUAAUGCUGCUGCAGAUAUGGUGCUGCUCAAGAAAGUCCGACCUAUGGUCCCUGAAAUGGCAAAAUUAUAUAUGAGAGGUUUGUCAGGACUUUAUCGAGGAAUCACAAGCUUUAUUGGUUUUUCAGCACCUGUUUUUUAG